AAUCGUAGCCUGGUGCAGAAAAGUAGAGCAAAGGGCAUUGCAUCUGCAAAUAUAUAAACACAGUGGCUGUUUGCACGCUGUCAUUGUGAAAGGCUGCCCUUGUGUAAUACAUUCAGAAGAAUAAGGUGUUCUGCGAGUUGUUCGGUUUUUCAGAAUAAAGUUGAAGAUGUUGCCAAAUACGGGUAAACUGGCAGGAUGCACCCUGUUUAUCACCGGUGCUAGCCGUGGUAUCGGAAAAGCAAUCGCCUUAAAAGCUGCCAAAGAUGGUGCCAAUGUGGUUAUUGCAGCCAAGACGGCACAGCCUCAUCCCAAACUGCCAGGAACAAUUUACACAGCUGCAGAAGAAAUUGAAGCUGCUGGAGGAAAAGCCUUUCCGUGUAUCGUAGAUGUGAGAGAUGAGCAGCAGGUCAGCCACGCAGUGGAGCAAGCUGUGAAGAAAUUUGGAGGUAUAGACAUUUUGGUAAAUAAUGCAAGUGCUAUUAGCUUAACUGGCACUUUGGAGACUCCCAUGAAGAAAGUGGACCUCAUGUUGGGGAUUAACUUGAGGGGAACCUAUCUCACGUCCAAGCUCUGUAUCCCAUACCUACAGAAGAGUAAAAACCCACACAUACUCAACCUGAGUCCUCCACUCAACAUGAACCCUGUCUGGUUCAAGAACCACACUGCGUACACAAUAGCAAAAUAUGGAAUGUCUAUGUCUGUCCUGGGAAUGGCGGAGGAAUUCAGAGGUGAAAUUGGGGUUAACGCUUUAUGGCCCAAAACAGCUAUUCAGACUGCAGCUAUGGAGAUGCUGGGAGGUUCUGGUAUAGGCAGCCAGUGCAGGAAGCCUGAGAUCGUGGCAGAUGCUGCUUAUUCCAUCUUGACAAGACCCAAGACAUUCACUGGCAACUUUGUCAUUGAUGAGGACAUGCUCAAAAAGGAAGGGAUCAAGGAUUUUGAUGUUUAUGCUAUAACACCAGGGCACCCUCUUCUCCCUGAUUUCUUCCUGGAUGAUGAGCCUGAGUCGCUUGUACAGAAGAUGGAGGAACAUGGGGCUACUCCUAUAUUUAAGAGUGGAAAAGCCCAAAAAGAAGCAGGGAUCAGCGGACCUGUCGCUGAGACGUUUAAUAUCAUCAGGGCGGUUCUGAACCCAGAGGUGGUGAAGGCCACACAAGGAGUUUAUAAAUUUGAUCUCUCUGGGGAACACUCUGGAACUUGGUACAUUGACCUGAAGAACGACUCUGGGAGCGCAGGCAGCGGUGAGCCUCCAGUGAAAGCUGACGUUGUGAUGACCCUGGACAGUGCAGACUUUGUGAAAAUGUUCACAGGUAAACUAAAGCCAACCAUGGCUUUCAUGUCUGGAAAACUGAAGAUUAAAGGUGACAUGGCCCUGGCUAUGAAAAUGGAGAAGAUGAUGGCCCAGUUGAAGCCUAAAUUGUAAAUUUGAGAUCUACCAACACAUGCCUUCCACUGUUUGUGUGUCUUUGAAACACAAGACCCAGAUUUGAUUUGAGUACUUUUAUAAUAAACAUGUUUCUGUACUGCUGCUGAUUGUAACAAAACACAAACUUGUUGUUGUGCAUGAUGCUAUAAAUGACAUGUUGGGCAAUGUGUUUCCUGUGGAUGCAUAAAGUUGACAGAUUUUUGCUCCAAACAAAUUUAUUCAAUUGUGUUACUAACAAAGUCAGGUUGGAUAGGUUGAGAGUGGCCAUCUUGCUGAUAUUAACAAAAAAAAAAAAGAAAAUAGGGUUGUCUACAGCUAUACCAUUUAGUAGGUAUCCCUUUUGAGCAGAGUGAUGUCAAUCACCUGGGUGGAAUAAGGGGCUUCAGGAAAAGAAACAAACAAAAAAAACAGUAUUGCAACUGGAGAAACAAAUAAACAUUAAAAACACCAUGAAAACAUGUUCAUAUUUUCUUGAGAUAAUUAGCUAGUUGUUUGUGUAUUUUUGUGACAGAAAAUGAAUACAAAAUCCACCAUA